GAUGGAGCAGGGAUGGUGCCAUCCAUGGGCUCAGGAAUGGGGCUCCCGCGGAGCUGCUGGCACGGGGUGUGGCGGACACAGGGAAGGUUCCAGCAGCUUCUCAGAGAAGCCUCUCCUGAACCCCCCACUAGCGAAGCCGGCACAGCCGCAGCACGUUCGGACUCUGGGCUGGGCCGGACAGGGACAGAACCGGGAGAGGGCCGGGAGCGGGCCGGGAAAGAGCCGGGGCCGGGCCGGGGCCAGGCCGGGCAGGCAGAGCCAGCACCGGCCCGCGGAGGGUGACGGUGGCGGCCCCGCCUUCCUGCCCUCCUCUUCCUGCUCUCUCCUCUUUCCAGCCCUCCUCUUCCUCCCGGCCCUCCCCUCGCACUCCGGCCUGGGCGGGCUCUCGGGGCGAGCGGCGGGACCGGGCCGGUGCGUCCCGAUGCGGUGCUGACCUGAGCGGCCCCUCCGGCCGGGUCCCCUCAGGGCCGGUCCCCUCAGGCCGGGUCCCCUCGGGCCGGCGCCGCCGUGGGAGCAGCAGCGCGGGGCUGAGGGGCGGCCAUGGGCCGCAGCCGCUCCCGGUCACCGCCGCGGCGGGAGCGCCGGCGCUCGCGUUCCACGUCCCGGGACAGGGACAGGCGGCGGCGGGAGCGAUCGCGGUCCCGGGACAGGGACAGGAGGAGGAGCCGCUCCCGCUCCCCGCACCGGAGACGAUCCAGCAGGUCCCCGCGGCGGCACCGCUCCAGCUCCUCGUCACCAGCACGGCCCAAGGAGCGCCGGGAUGAGGAGAAGAAGGAGCUCAAGGACCCCAAGAAGGAGCGGCAGAUCACAGAAGAGGAUUUGCAGGGCAAGACAGAGGAGGAGAUCGAGAUGAUGAAGAUGAUGGGUUUUGCCUCCUUUGAUACCACCAAGGGGAAGAAGGUGGACGGUGCUGCCAAUGCCUACGCCAUCAACGUGUCCCAGAAGAGGAAGUACAGGCAAUACAUGAACAGAAAAGGAGGAUUCAACAGGCCCCUGGAUUUCAUCGCCUGACGCUGGCUCACGGCUCCCUCCAUGGAAGGAUUUUGCUUCCCUGCACUCUCCUGGGUGGCUCCAGUGCUGGAUUCCAGUGGAAUUUGGGUUAUUCCCAACAAAUCCCACAGCCAGAGCCGCCACCAGUUCUCAGAUAUUUGUUUGGUUUGUUGUUUUUUUUUUACAACAAAGGUCAGUUUCUGGCUGGGAUUUUGCCGUGUUCUCCCUGGUUUUGGUUUGUUUCCCUGUUAAUAAAACCCCGGAUGUA